GCUAGUAGGACAGGAGAAUGGGCAAGGGGAGCACAUGACCCAGAAGCAACACUUGUUUCAUUGGUCUAAACUUUAGUUUUUCAUUCACCUAGACAGCAUAUAUCUAGGGAGCAGUUGGUAAAAGUCGAAUGUAAAGUGCCAUUCGUAUAUUGGUUUAAUAAAGAUUUUUUUUUUUGGUUUCAGCUGACUCUCCCCUCUUCUUCCUCUGUUGAUUUAGUAGACCAAUUAAAAUGGAAGUAAUUUCACUUUUAAUAUGUGUUAAGUAAAAUACAUAAAAUUUAGUUUUGAGGAUUAAACUGUAUUUAUUUUCCCCCCAACCUUUUCAGUAAAUAACAGAUGCGGGUGAAAGAGCCAUCCAAAGUUUUACCUGAGAAAGCCAAAAGAAGUAAAAGGCCUACUAUACCUCAUGAUGAAGACUCUUCAGAUGACAUUGCUGUAGGUUUCACUUGCCAGCAUGUAAGUCAGGCUGUCAGUGUGAAUCAUGUGAAAAGAGCAAUAGCUGAGAAUCUGUGGUCAGUUUGCUCAGAAUGUUUAAAAGAAAGAAGAUGCUGUGAUGGGCAGGCAGUACUUCCUUCUGAUAUUUGGUUGUGCCUCAAGUGUGGUUUUCAGGGAUGUGGUAAAAACUCAGAAAGCCAACAUUCAUUGAAGCACUUCAAGAGUUGGAGAACAGAGCUUCAUUGUAUUGUAAUUAGUCUGAGCUCUUGGAUUAUAUGGUGUUACGAGUGUGAUGAAAAAUUAUCAACACAUAGUAAUAAGAAGGUUUUGGCUCAGAUAGUUGAUUUUCUCCAGAAACAUGUUUCUAAAACGCAAACAAGUGCAUUUUCUAGAAUUAUAAAACUCUGUGAAGAAAAAUGUGAGACAGGUGAAAAAAAGAAGGGAAGAAAAGGCAGCAGUGUGGCAUCUGUAAAAGGAAUUACGAACUUAGGAAAUACUUGCUUUUUUAAUGCAGUUAUGCAGAACUUGGCACAGUCUUACAUUCUUACUGAACUGAUGAAUGAGAUAAAAGAAAAUGGUACAAAACUCAAGAUUUUUCCUUCAUCAGACUCUCAGCUGGAUCCAUUAAUGGUGGAGCUUUCAAGCCCUGGACCACUGACCUCAGCCUUGAUCCUGUUUCUUCACAGCAUGAAGGAAACUGACAAAGGAUCGCUUUCUCCUAAAGCUCUCUUCAGUCAGCUUUGUCAGAAGGCCCCUCGAUUUAAAAGUUUUCAGCAACAGGACAGUCAGGAGCUUCUGCAUUAUCUGCUGGAUGCAGUGAGGACAGAAGAAACAAAGAGAAUACAAGCUAGCAUUCUGAAAGCAUUUAACAACCCAACAACUAAAACUGCUGAUGAUGAAACUAGGAAAAAAGUCAAAGCAUAUGGAAGCGAAGGUGUGAAAAUGAACUUCAUAGAUCGGAUCUUUAUCGGUGAAUUAACUAGCACAGUCAUGUGUGAAGAAUGUGCUAAUAUCUCCACGGUGAAAGAUCCUUUUCUUGAUAUUUCACUUCCUAUAAUAGAAGAAAGGGUUUCAAAGCCUGUACUUUGGGGAAGAACUAGUAAAUAUAGGAGUUUACAGGAGACACGUAAUGGCCAAUACAGUGGCCCUGUUACUAUAGAAAAUACUCCUCAACCCAGAGCCAUCAGGAAGCAGUCUCCAUCUAAAGAUAAGAAUCAACUAAUUCAUGGCAGAAAACGUACAAGGAAAUUGUCAUCUGGAGAAGAUAAGGCUGUUGUCAUGUACCGGAAAAAUGGAAACAUGGAAGUGAAUGGGGAUUCGUCAGUGUUCGCAGGCAUCAGGGACGCUGGAUCAAGCCUGGCCGAAAACCCUGCCGAGGGCAGUGAAAAAGAGGCCGGCCGCUGUGAGAGCAGCGCUGACGCUGACAGCGAGGCCUCGGAGUCCGAGAGCGCUUCUAAGCAGGCGGCGCUGCCCAGGCCCGGCAGCGGGGGCUCGAGCGAGCCGCCGGCCAAGGAGCCAGAGAGUGCUGAUGAGGGAGUGGCGGCAGCUAUUUCUGAGCUUCACUUAAGCAGCGCUGCAACUGGAGAUGGAGAUUUUCGUGGAGAAAAUCAGCCACUAAGUCUUCCAAAUAAUUUAUAUUUUUCAGAGGAGAAGCAUACGUCUCACAGUCCCCAAGAUGCUUUUCAGACCCUUUCUCAGAGCUAUGUGACUACUUCUAAAGAAUGUUCAGUUCAGUCCUGUCUCCACCAGUUUACCUCUAUGGAGCUAUUAAUGGGGAACAACAAGCUUCUCUGUGAGAACUGUACUGAAAAGAAUCAGAAGUGCCAAAGGGAAACCGGGUCUGCAGAAAAGAAAGCAGAAGGGAUUUAUACUAAUGCCAGGAAGCAGCUGCUCAUUUCUGCUGUUCCAGUUAUUCUAAUACUCCACCUUAAAAGAUUCCAUCAGGCUGGAUUGAGUCUUCGCAAAGUAAACAGACAUGUAGAUUUUCCACUUAUGCUUGAUUUAGCACCAUUCUGUUCUGCUGCUUGUAAGAAUGUAAGCAUGGGAGAGAAAGUUCUCUAUGGUCUGUAUGGCGUAGUGGAACACAGUGGCUCAAUGAGAGGAGGUCACUACACGGCAUAUGUGAAAGUGAGAACACCCUCCAGGAAAUUACUGGAACAUAUCACUGGAAAGAAAAGUGUACCUGGCUUGAAAGAACCUGAUAGUGAAUCAGCAGACCAGUGGGUCCACGUUAGUGACACUUACGUACAGGAGGUUCCAGAAUCAAGAGCACUUAGUGCACAAGCAUAUCUUCUUUUUUAUGAAAGGAUAUUUUAAUUAUCUGUUAAUUAUUAAGGGUAAUGAUUACUUAGAUCACUUUUAUUUAAAUGCUGCCAUGAUAACUAUAAUAUGCAACGUGCCUUUGUAGUCUGUUCUCUUCUGUAGGAAUAGCAUGCCCCUCAGAUGCUCCUGAACAUUUUUACCAUUUGGGCGAAUCCUUUUAAAGUAAAUUAAAUUUAGUCAAUGCUUUCAGAUUUAUAUUUUUAAAUAAAUGUAAACACAUGUUUUAAAAAAAAAUGUUUGUCCUAGAACAAAACUAGAAUUUACAGUAGUAGAGAAACUCCUUUAUGAUGUGACUUACUGUUACAAACAUGCAGAAAUGCUGCUGGCUAAAUCAGAUCCUUCCCUGAAACAGUGUUAUCCAGCCCUGGCCGGGUGGCUCAGUGGGUUGGAGCAUUGUCCCAUACACCUAAAGGUUUUGGAUUUGAUUCUUGGUCACAGCACAUACCCAGGUUGUGGGUUUGAUUCCCAUUUGGGGUGCAUAUCGGAGGCAAGUGGUCCAUGUUUCUUUCUCUCCCUCUCUCUCUAAAAUCAAUAAAAAAUAUAUUAAUAAUAAAACAAAACAGUGUUAAAAAAACAAAAAACAAAAAAAACAGAACAGUGUUACCCAAAUGUGAGUCACAUACCACCUUUCCGAUAUAUAUGUAUCUCCAAUGCCAUUAUUUACUUAUAAUUUUUAACCAUAUUUUUAGCCUUUUUUUUUUAACCAUAGCCCUGUUUUGAGCAUAUUCAACAUUUUAUGUGCUAGCUGUAUUUUUUUCUAAUAAACUUUAAAAUAAAUGUAUAACUAUUAAAGAAAAAUUGUUCAUUCAUGUAGCAAUUCACUUAAAAUCAUCUCAGGACUAUCCAGUGGUAUAUGUAUGCUACUGUGUGGGAAUAUCGCUGUCACGUAUACUUACACAGUAGGCAUAGUGACCGUGUCAUAUUUUGCAUGAUUCAGCCAUAUGAAAAGGUAUCACUGUAACUUCAGCAAUAUGGAUUUACAAAUAAUAUACUGAUUAGCUCAUUGUGGUUUUGAGAACUUAAAAAAAUAUUGAAAUAUUUCAUCAACAUAUUAUUUGUAACCUAUUCGUAGUGGAGUUGAGGAUAAUUUGCAAGUGAUUAGCCAAUGUCAAAAUAUCAUUAUAGAUAAUUGUUACACGCAGAAUUGAUAAAUAGAAGUUGUUAAUCUGUAUGAGAUCAUAGGAUAACUUUGAAAUAUAAAUUACCAAAUUAAAUUUGUAAAUGGUAGAGAAUUCUUAUAGUUAACAGGGUAGUAUAAUACAUUUCUUUUUAGUUUUGUAGAUCAGUAAAUAUUAAUCAUGGCAUUAGGGUUUUGUGAUCACUUUGUAUUCAACAAGCAUCAUUAAUAAGUUCAAGUGAGUUUAGCUUUUAUUUUAAUGGGACAUGAAGUUGGCAUUUCUGAUUUUCUUUUUAAAUAAUUAAAUAAUAGCAAAGAUAUGAUAGUUUUCCCCCUAGAAUGCAAAUUAUUAAGCUGUCAAAACUUGGCAUGAAAAUAUUACUCUUGCUUGGGCUUAAAUUUUGAAAAAAAUAAUCACUUAUUGGUGUCACUUGAUUGAAUCAAAAUGUGUAAUUGCAUGGUUCAAGCAUCCUAACCAUUAGUGCUAAGGAAUGAUACUACAGGCAGGUGCUGGGUAAGUGCCUACCCCCAGUUCUCCUCUUGGGAAGGAAAAGAAUAGUGGCUGGAAGUAACAAUGGAACUAUUUGACCAAGACUCUGGUUCUUUUUAACAUGUAAGUACAUAUAACAUUAUCAAGGUUACCAGUGCUGCCUUUUGAUAUAUGGAUGAAUGGAAUUGUGAUUAUUGUUAAAGAGGGUGAUAAUAUACAAAAUGUAGAACUUAAAAUUAUGGCACAAAUUCUAUUUU